UGACCAAAUGACGUAUGACGAAAAGGAAGAAGACGUUCCAGUGACGCAGGUGUCAUGGCGGAAUCCGCAAAUGUUUUGUAUUUUGUCGUCAGUAAUAUUCCGGCACCAUUUCGAUCAGCGGACCUAAGGAACUAUUUCAGUCAGUUUAUAGAAAGCGGAGGUUUCUUCUGUUUUCACUACCGACACCGACCGGAAGUCCUCAAAGACCCAGCGGAGUCCGCACGAACCCAGAACCCGGAGCAGACUCGCGAAGACCCACCAGCUGUUCCGCAAGAAACUGUCUGCGUUGAAGAAGGCAGCUCCGAGUCCGCGGAAAUCAGGAGACGCGUCGCCGCGUCCAAAGACGAGAAAACAUGCUGUUGCGUGGUGUCGGUCCACGCCGGCGAGGCGGACAGAUUUAUGAAGAUGUACGCCGGGAAUCAGUGGAUCGACUCGAAAGGGAACUGGCUCGCAAGGCGCUGUGUGAUCAGGAGGGUAAAGGUGUCUGAUGAGACCGGCACGGGGGCGUUCCCGUACAGGACGAAGGCGGAGCAGAGGUGGCGGGGGGGGGGCCUGUCGGAGCGGGUGACCGCGCAGGACCUUCGCGGCCUGGUGGAGAUGAACCCCCCCGCGCUGAUGCCCCAGGGCAGCGUGGGUACGCCGGUGGGCGUGUUCCUGCGGCUGAUCCAGGCCUGCCGCCUGCCCCCCCGCCUCAUCCGGCAGCUGGGCCUCUCCUUCCCCCAGACCGCCUCCCGCCGUCGCUACGGCAACGUGCCCUUCCUGUACCAGGACACGCCCACAGUGCGGCCGGUGGCGGAGGCCGUGUACACGGCGACCGGGGAGGAGAUCUGCAGCCCCGCCCCCAUCACCACGGCAACCACCGGCCCAGAGGGGGAGGAGAUCUGCAGCCCCGCCCCCAUCACCACGCCAACCACCGGCCCAGAGGGGGAGGAGUCUGAGUCCGGCCCUGAUGAUGACGACGACCGCUGUGAGGAGUGGGAGCGGCACGAGGCUCUGCACGAGGACGUGACGAGUCAGGAGCGCAGCCGCGAGCGUCUGUACGAGGAGGAGAUCGAGCUCAAGUGGGAGAAGGGCGGCUCCGGCCUGGUGUUCUACACCGACGCCCAAUACUGGCAGGAGGAGGAGGGGGAUUUCGAUGAGCAGACGGCCGAUGACUGGGACGUGGAUAUGAGUGUUUACUACGACAAAGAUGGUGGUGACAUGGAUGCUCGAGACUUCGUGCAGAUGCGCCGCGAGACGAGGCUGAGGGCGGGACUGGAGGAGGGGUCUGUCCAGCAGCAGCCAAUUGGAAGCUUUGAGAGGUUCACAAAGGGUGUGGGCAGGAGGCUGAUGGAGCGUCAGGGCUGGCGUGAUGGGGAUGGUUUGGGACAGUCCUGCACCGGGCUGUCUGAGGCCCUGGAGACUGAGGGCCAGCACCCCAAAUGCAGGAGGGGCUUUGGGUACCAUGGGGAGAAGCUCAGCUCCUUCCUUCCUGUGAAGAAGCCCCGCCCACACUUCCACAUUUCCACCGUCUACGACCUGCCCCGAGACACGGACCAGGGCGACGCCCUACUGCGCCGCCAGCCAACCAGCAGCCUGAAGUACAGGCCCCGCCCCCGUCGCUGACACCAGGACCGCCCCCUGUGAGCACCAAGGUCAUAUUCAGCCCUGGCAGAACAUUUAUUUAAACAGAAACGUUCAUUUAAACAGAAACGUUCAUUUAAACAGAAACGGUCACAUGCCGUUCUUUGGGCUUUAAGACGUGGCCCCUACACCCCAGACACGCCCGCCAAACGCACCUGAAGAAUGUGGGAGGAAACAUACCGUGGAAAACGUUUCCACACGAACGUUCCCCUGCCCCUGCCCCUGCCCCUGCCCCUGCCCCUGCCCCUGCC